AUGUUACAUCCGUUCGUAGCGCAGUCAGCAUGAUGAUAUGGUUAAACUAACACUUGAUCGACGGUGACCGUUUGGUGAGCAACGAGUAUAGGUCAGCGCAUUACAAAUGCUGAAGAUUCUACGUUUCCGCGACGUCUGCACAACGCGUCAUUUAACGCGAUUCUACACGCAGAAAGUAAGCAUCGGUGCCAUCGGAUCGGACUUACAGAAGCAGAUAGACAAUAUGCCGCGCGUCAGACCGUCGAGCCAACCACCUAAAGUUUGGCAACAAGUCGAGAAAACGGACAAGAAUGGAAAAGUGAUGAAAUUUACGAUUCAGGAAAUUCCGGAGGACCGAUACGAAGAUGCAGUACAACAUAUGUGCACAUAUUUCUUAGCCGAUGAGCCGACCUGCAGCUGUUUGAAUGCAAUAAACGACCCUGUAUUUAUAAAAGACAUAAGUACGAUAUGGCGCAUGUUACUCGCAGAAGGCAUAUCCAUUGCCGCAUUCAUCGAUAAUCCCAACGGUGGGAAACCCAUACUCGCUGGUAUGAACGCUCUAGGUGUUGAUGAUAAAAAUGUGAAAGCUAGCAUUUCAAAUUUUGAGUUUAAGUCAGAGAAAUGCCAAAAUACGUUCGACAUCAUAGCGAAGGCAACAAAAGUGGUGUACGAACGUUACGGAGUUGACAAAUAUCUCUAUGCUAUUGGGCUUAGCGUAGAUCCCGAUUACCGAGGGUAUGGAUUAGGCAAGGAUAUUCUAAAACUCAGAAAUCUUAUCGGACCUUUUUACGGAGUGCCUGCGACCGCCACUGCGUUCACAUCGAUAAUAUCACAAAAGUCCGCGGCAGGCGCGGGAUUUGAAGAAUUUCUAACGCAAAACUUUUCCGAAUUGCUGGAUAAGAACGGAAAGGAGUAUUUCCCCGGUAUUAAUUCUAAGGCGUUUAAAAUCAUGGGGAAAAGGUUACCUUAAUACGGCCCGACUGGCAGUAUGAUACCCAAAAAUUGCGAGACUUUCUUAACUUUGUAAUCAGGAGUAAGUGAUCGCAUUUUAUAAUAGUUGGAAAUAAAAUUGUUAUAACUCUA